GGGGUGCGCUGGCGGCGCUCAGUGGCCAUGGCGGGUGCGGGGCUGCGGGCGGCCGCUUGGCGCUGGCUUCUGUGCGGAGGCCAGGGCGGCCCGCGAGCUGCCUCGUCCUCCUGUCCUGGUUGUGGCCCCCCGGGUCCCGGCGCCCACUGCCCUGGCGCUCCGCGGUCCGCACCCGCCGGCAGCACCGAAGUCAACUCACACUUGUGGUCUCGCUACCAGGACAUGCGGAGACUGGUGCACGACCUCCUGCCCCCUGAGGUCUGCAGUCUCCUGAACCCAGCAGCCAUCUACGCCAACAAUGAGAUCAGCCUGCGUGAUGUCGAAGUCUAUGGCUUUGAUUACGACUACACACUGGCCCAGUAUGCAGAUAUACUGCAUCCUGAGAUCUUCAGUGCUGCCCGUGACAUCCUAAUUGAGCACUACAAGUACCCAGAGGGGAUUCGGAAGUAUGACUACAACCCCAACUUUGCUAUCCGUGGCCUCCACUAUGACAUUCAAAAGAGCCUUCUGAUGAAGAUUGACGCCUUCCACUACGUGCAGCUAGGAACAGCCUAUAGGGGCCUCCAGCCUGUGCCGGACGAGGAGGUGAUCGACCUAUAUGGGGGCACCCAGCACAUCCCACUGUACCAAAUGAGUGGCUUCUAUGGCAAGGGCCCCUCCAUCAAGCAGUUCAUGGAUAUCUUCUCACUGCCAGAGAUGGCACUGCUGUCCUGUGUGGUAGACUAUUUCCUAGGCCACAGCCUGGAGUUUGACCAAGCACACCUCUACAAGGACGUGACGGAUGCCAUCCGAGACGUGCACGUGAAAGGCCUCAUGUACCAGUGGAUUGAACAGGACAUGGAGAAGUACAUCCUGAGAGGGGAUGAAACGUUCGCUGUCCUGAACCGUCUGGUGACCCAUGGGAAACAGCUGUUCCUCAUCACCAACAGUCCUUUCAGCUUUGUGGACAAGGGGAUGCGGCACAUGGUGGGUCCUGAUUGGCGCCAACUCUUUGAUGUGGUCAUUGUCCAGGCAGAUAAACCCAGCUUUUUCACUGACCGGCGCAAGCCUUUCAGAAAACUCGACGAGAAGGGCUCACUCCAGUGGGACCGUAUAACCCGCCUGGAAAAGGGCAAGAUUUAUCGGCAGGGAAACCUAUUUGACUUCCUACGUUUGACAGAAUGGCGUGGCCCCCGUGUGCUCUACUUUGGAGACCACCUCUAUAGUGACCUGGCGGAUCUUAUGCUGCGGCACGGCUGGCGCACAGGUGCCAUCAUCCCUGAGCUGGAGCGUGAGAUUCGCAUUAUCAACACGGAGCAGUACAUGCACUCACUGACAUGGCAGCAGGCACUCACAGGGCUACUGGAGCGCAUGCAGACCUAUCAGGAUGCAGAGUCGAGGCAGGUGCUGGCUGCCUGGAUGAAGGAACGGCAGGAACUGAGGUGCAUCACCAAGGCCCUAUUCAACGCACAGUUUGGGAGCAUUUUCCGCACCUUCCACAACCCCACCUACUUCUCGAGGCGUCUCGUGCGCUUCUCUGAUCUCUACAUGGCCUCCCUAAGCUGCCUGCUCAACUACCGUGUGGACUUUACCUUCUACCCACGCCGCACACCCCUGCAACACGAGGCACCUCUCUGGAUGGACCAGCUAUGCACUGGCUGCAUGAAGACACCCUUCCUUGGUGACAUGGCCCACAUCCGCUAAGGGCACCUUUAUUGUUGGGGACAGGUCCCCCCUCCCACCCUUCUUGCCCCAUCAUCCAGUCUAGGCAUCUGUUCAGACAAGCAAUAAAAGUGAUCUCCUUCCUGCA